AUGAUAUCUUCUUUUGUUAGUGCGGCGUCGAAUGUUCAUCCGGGCAACGUCGCCGGCCAGAGAAUGGCUGAGCCGACGGUUGUCGUUGAAAACGCCGCCGAGCAGACCACCCAGGAGCCAACCGAGGAGCAGCCCACGGUUGUAACUGCGACGGAGACUACCGAGGAGGACCCGGCUCCGGCGCGGACCGGGGCGAGCACCCUGACAAUGGACGAUGAGGCUGCAAGGACGCCUCCCCCGAGCAGUGUCGCGGAGGAGGGGGAUAGAGCCCCGACUCCCCCACCUGCUGAAGAAACGAGGGCCCCAACUCUGGCCCGGGCAGAGGCUUCUUCACCGAAGGGCUCCCCUAGCCGGGGUAAGGAUCCGUUGAUACCCGUGACCAUGGCUGGGGGUAGCACGGAGGGCGAGGAGGCCCAGGCAACUUCUGACGACGAAGUGGAGGAGAUCUAG